GAUGCCGAGAGCGUCCUGAUCCACACAACAAAUGGCCUGGACCCGGAAUACUUCAGCCGAGGCGUGAAUUCCUUGCUGAAGCACUCCGAGAUCGCCGCUGCCUCGGCCCUCUCGGGCUACGAGGCCGAGCAGCACAAGCUUUUCACGCGCUACGCGCAGAACUUGCAAGAGACACGUAUUGCCUACAACAGCUUG